AUCUCGCGGUGUGCUUUACAUUUCAUAGAGUCGAUUAUUUCUUUUUUUAAUUUAUUUUUUUCUUUUUUGGGUUUUGAAUUUCUUGAAUUAUACUCGAGAAUCGGAUUUUAAAUUUGAAUUUUGUUUUUCUAUUAAUCCUUAAAAAUAUAUAAAUAAAAAUUAAAUAUAUAAAAAAAAAUAUUUAAUAUUUUCAUAAAAUAAAUAAAAUAUUAUUAAUAUAAAGAAAACAACUAAAAUAUUAUUAAAACAAAAAAAUAAAUAUUUUUACGUAUUUUAAAUAAAAAUUCGAGUAAAGAAAAAAUUUAAAAAAAAAAUUAUUAAUUUUCUAUUUUAUAUAUAUAAUUUAUUUUAAUAAUUAUGUUAUAAAAAUAGUGAAUUUUUUAAAUUUAAACCAAACAUAAAUAAAUAUAUAAAGCGAAUCGAAAAAAAAGGAUAUUAAAUUUAAUUUCUUAAAGUGUUUUAAAAUUGUAACAAAAAGAAAAAAUAAAAUUUGAUUUCUAAGAAGUGUAUUGUAUAUCAAGGAUCAUUGUUUCUAUUUUUUUGUAAAUAACAAGAAAUUUUAUAAUAUUUUAUUUAAAAAAUAUUUUAUCACAAAAUUUCAAAAAUUCUAAUUUUGGAUAUACAAAAAUCAUAAAAUAUACAAAUAUGAAGUUUCUUAUAGCACUUUUUUGUUUAAUAAACAUAGUAAAUUCAGAAGGUUUACCUCCAUGUAUACAUACAGAUGGUGGCUAUAAUUAUCCAGCGCCUGAAGUUAAAGUAUCUGUUACACCAGCUGUAAGCUCAUACAGUGUAUCACCGGCUGUUCAAACUUAUUCAGAAAAUGCUCAUUUAAAAUUUGCUUCAGUUGGUCCAUCAUAUAGUACUCUACAUUCAUCACCAGGUUAUUUAGCAACACCAGCAAUUCAAUAUUCUGAUAAAUCUCCAUCGGCUAAAUUUGCUGCAGUUGUACCAUCAGGAAUAGAUUAUUCAGUAUUACCACAAAAAACGGUUGUGGCAGCUGCCCCACUUAUAUCUAAACCAGCAUAUGUUUCACCAGCACCAGCUGUAAUUAAAACUUACUUACCACCUGCUCCAGUAGUAACAAAAGAAUAUCUACCACCACCAGCCCCUGUUGUAGCAAAAGUAGCAACUUAUACAUCACCAGCAGUUAACUAUGUACAUACAGGACCAGCGGUAUCUAAAGUGUCAACAUAUACAUCUUCUGGUUAUUCAAGCUAUUCUACAGGUGCAGGAAUUGAAAAAGUUGCAUAUGCUGCUCCAGAAGUCAGCAAAAUUGCCUAUGCAGCUCCAGUUGUUCAAAAAGUUGGAUAUGUUGCACCAGCUGUGUCUAAAGUAGCUUAUGAAACUCCAGCAGUGGCAAAAUAUUCCUAUGGGGCUCCCGUUGUAUCUAAAUUAGCAACAUUCACAUCUCCAUCCGUUAACUAUAUUCAUUCGGGCCCAGCAGUAUCCAAGGUUGCAACUUUCUCAUCACCAGGUCAUGUAAGUUAUUCAGCUGGACCUGCAAUUGCUAAGGUAGCCACAUAUGAAGCACCAGCCAAAAUUGGUAUAGCAGCUCCAAUCGCAACUUAUGCUCCUGCUUUAGCAACAUAUUCUGGACAUGCAACUCAUUCAUAUGUAGCCCCAGCUCCUGCCCCGGUUAAGGUAGCUUAUGCGGCUCCAGCCCCGGCAGUUUAUGCCGCUCCUGCAGUAGCUAAAGUUGCAACAUAUACUAGUCCAGCUGUAAAUUACGUUCAUACUGGUCCUGCGGUCGAAAAAGUAGCAACUUAUACUUCACAAGCACAUGUUGGAUACUCAGCUGCUCCCGCUGUAGCUAAAGUAGCUACUUAUACUUCACCAGGUGUUAGUUAUCUACAUUCAGGACCAGCUGUAGCAAAAGUUGCAUCAUAUGCAGCUCCUGCACAUGUUAGCUAUUCAACUGGACCAGGAAUCGCAAAAGUAGCAUCGUAUGCUGCACCAGUAGCGAAAGUUGCUGUAAGUGCCCCCUACGCUACAUAUGCACCAGCUUUAGCUACUUAUUCGGGUCAUGCAACACACUCAUACGUAGCUCCAGCUAAAGUAGCUUAUGCCGCAGCUCCUGCCGUUGCCAAAGUGUCAUCAUUCUCAACUGGACCAAUUGUUACAGGAUAUGCUCAUGGACCUGCAGUAGCAAAAGUUGCUUCUUAUUCCACAGGACCAAUAGUUACUGGAUACGCUCAUGGUCCAUCUGUUGCAAAAGUCGCUUCUUAUUCAACAGGUCCGGCGGUUUCGGGAUAUGUCCACGCACCUGCCGUUGCAAAUGUAGCUUCUUAUUCUGCUGCACCUGUAGUUGCUGGAUAUGCUCAUGGGCCGGCCGUAGCCAAAGUUUCAUCUUACUCUUCAGGACCAGUUGUUGCAUAUGGCCACGGACCAGCUGUAGCAAAAGUAUCUUCUUAUUCCUCUGGACCAAUUGUCACCUACGGUCAUGGACCAGCGGUGACUAAAGUUUCUUCAUAUUCUACCGGACCUGCUGUAGCAUACACUCAUGGAGCUGGAGUUGCUAAAGUAGCUUCCUACUCCUCUGGGCCCAUAGUUGCUGGUUAUGCUCAUGGACCAGCAGUAACCGUCUCAGGACCUGGAGUAGCUAAGGUAGUUUCAUCACCAGUUGUUGCCUCAUAUGCCCAUGCACCAGCCUUGAGCAAAGUUGUUUCAGCCCCUGUAGUAGCUUCAUAUGCCCCUGCUCCAGCUGUUGCUAAAGUUAUUGCAUCACCUGUAGUUGCUUCAUACGCACAUGCUCCAGCCAAAGUAUUGUCAACUCCCGUAGUGGCUUCAUAUGGUCAUGCACCUGCCGCAUUACACACUGGGUCAGGAUACAGUGGUCACAGUCUUGGACAUGGAACUACGACUUAUCAUGGCUCAUUAGCUUUAGGCCUUCCUGGUGUUAAGGUAGCUGCUGUAGGACAUGAAUACGCACAUGGAGUACCUGCUUUAGCAUAUUCAACAGCUCCGGCUGCUGCAGUGAUAAAAAGUGCUGCUCCAGCUGCAGUAAUUAAACCAGUUAUAGCAAAACAUGAAGAAUAUUAUGAUAGCCAUCCUAGAUACGCUUUCGAAUAUGGUGUACAUGAUCCACAUACAGGUGAUAUUAAACACCAAAAAGAAGAACGUGAUGGUGAUGUUGUUAGAGGUGAAUAUUCAUUAGUUGAACCAGACGGUAAUGUUCGCACAGUUAGAUAUUAUGCUGAUUGGGAAACAGGUUUCCAUGCAGAAGUAACGAAUAGUAGAGAUCAAGUUCAUGCAGCUAAAGUGGUCGCCAAACGCGAUGCUAAAAAAACAUGAAUUUCCUCAGGUUAUUUAACAAAAUCAAAAAAAAACAAAACAAGUAAAUUUAAAAAAAAAAAAUUAAAAUAAAAUAAUAACAAAGUUAAAUAAUAAUAAUUUAAUUAUGUCAUAUUGUUUAUAAAAUAAUAUAAAAGGAAGAGAAUAAGAAAAAACGCUGUACAUUUUAAAAUAUUGUAAUUAUAAUAUUAUUUACUCUUAUAUAUACAUACGUAUAUAUAAUUUUACUUGCAUAUUUAUCAUUGAAACAUCCAAAAAUGCAUUAAUAAAUUUUUCAAAAAGAAAAUAACGGAAAAACAAAACGAUAUAAUUAAAAGUUUUCCGUCAUUUUGUAAUAAUAUAAAUACAUCAACAUUACAUGCAUAUACAUACCGAAUUAGAUAGCACCAUGCUUUAAUCAUUUUAUUACCGUUUAAAAUUAUAAAUUUAAAGUUAGAAACAUUUCAUUUGUGUGUGAAAAUCGUAUUUUUAAUUGUUACAAUUAAAUGUUCACAUAAAAAAGCAUUUUAUAUUAUAUAUUUAAAUGUACAUACAUUCAUGGUUCAAGCUCUUAUUAUUAUUAUGUUAUGCAGAAUUGAAGUUUUUUAAAAUUAUCUAUAAUAGGCUUAAUAUAUGUAUGUGCAUAAAGCUCUAAAAUUGAUCAAUUACGUUUUACAAUUAUAUUUUUGAUACACUACCCUUUUUUUAUAUAUAUAUAUAUACAUUAAUUAUGUAUGUAUACCUUAUCCUGUAGAUAGGAUGCAAUUGCAUGCAUGUGUACAAAUUUCAUAGCAAUUUUUGAUUUGUAAUUUCUCAACAACCAAUAAAAUUCCUGUACCUAUAUAUAUACACCAAGUGCUUUUAUAAAUUAAAGAAUAAUUUGAACUCUAUAUUUCCAAUAAACUUGAUUUCGACGCGAUAUGUUUUUUAAAAUACUCAAAUAUAAAAGAAAUUUGGAUUAUUGUUACCUUGUAUUACAAUAAUUUUUACAAAAUUAAUUUUUAAUUAACAUCAAAUAAGCAGCUACCUAUAUCCAAUAAGCACGUAUAUUUACUAUAAUAUUUUAAUUCAAUCUCUAUAAUGAGAUCCACUUAAAAUCAAUAUUUUAAAUUAAUCAAUUUAAGAUAUUUUAAAAUAAUGUUUUAAUUUAAAACGACAUUUGGUAUUGUAUGUAUCAAUAAUUAUUUUCUUACAAUGAAACUUUAAAAUUCUUAUUAAUUUUAAUUUUAAAACGUAAAUUAUUUUUUUGAAACUGAAAUCUGCGAUAAUUAAAAUAAUAAUUGUAUAGGAAACAUUAAAAAAAAAAAACUUUUUUAAUUUAAACAAAAUGUGAAUAUUAAACAAUUGAAAUAUUGUAAAUAAUUAUAUAAUAUACCUAUAUAAUACUUAACUCUUAUUUAUUGGUAUAAAAUUUUGUUUAACUCAACAUUCAUA